UCUUCUUCUUGAGCUCAUACAUGACUUCACGAUUAACGUUACACAAGUUGGGCCGCCUGAAAUCUGAAAUAUCCAGUAACAGUUGGUCGUUAGAGAUGACGGAAAGCUCCGCGAACAAGCUGCUAAACGGAGACGCCUGUCACCGGACCUCGAGUGGUAAAAAAUCGAGCAAAAAUGGCAUCGUGAAGAACCACUGCCUGUUUCAACAGCCACACAAGUACCGUCGCCCCCGGGAGAAGAACCAAAAUGUCCCAUAUAACUCCAGUCUGUACAAGAAGCCCUAUGUGGAAUCGUUUGAGGAGACUCCUCUACUGGUGGCCGUGCUCACCUACAUGGGCUACGGCAUUCUCACCAUCUUUGGCUACCUCCGAGACUUCCUUCGCCACUGGAACAUCGAGAAAUGCCACGUGGCUCGGGAGAGGGAGGAGCAGAAGGAUUUUGUCCCCCUAUAUCAGGACUUUGAGAACUUUUACACCAGGAACUUGUACAUGAGGAUCCGAGACAACUGGAACCGACCCAUCUGCAGCGUCCCCGGUGCCAAGAUGGACCUGGUGGAGAGAGUUUCCCACGACUACAACUGGACCUUCGAGCAUACAGGCAAAGUUGUGCGGGACGUCAUCAAUAUGGGCUCAUACAACUACCUCGGCUUUGCGGAGAACACAGGGGCUUGUGCCGAUGCUGCCAUUGAGGCCACACAGAAGUAUGGAGUCGGAGUGGGCAGUACUCGCUGUGAGAUGGGGAACUUGGACAUCCACGAGGAACUGGAGCAGUUGGUUGCCAGGUUCCUUGGCGUUGAGUCAUCUAUGGCUUUCGGCAUGGGUUUCGCAACAAAUUCCAUGAACAUUCCUGCUCUCACCGGGAAGGGUUGUCUUAUCCUGAGUGACGAGCUGAAUCACGCAUCUCUCGUGCUGGGCGCCCGCCUGUCUGGCUCAACUAUUCGGGUCUUCAAACACAACAACAUGCAAAGCCUGGAGAAGCUGCUGAGAGAUGCUAUUGUACACGGGCAGCCGAGAACCCAUCGGCCCUGGAAGAAAAUUCUCAUUGUGGUGGAGGGCAUUUACAGUAUGGAGGGGUCCAUCGUACGUCUGCCAGAGGUCAUUGCUCUGAAGAAGCGCUACAAGGCGUACCUCUACCUGGAUGAAGCCCACAGUAUCGGAGCCCUGGGGCCUAAUGGCAAAGGAGUGGUGGACUACUUUGGCCUGGAUCCCAAAGAUAUAGACAUCAUGAUGGGAACGUUCACCAAGAGCUUCGGUGCUGCCGGUGGAUACAUCGGAGGCAAAAAGGAGCUGAUCGACUACCUGCGGCGCCACUCUCACAGCGCCCUGUACGCCACCUCCAUGUCCUCACCUGUGGCCCAGCAAAUAAUCACCUCUAUGAAGAUCAUCAUGGGAGAGGAUGGGACCACACUGGGUGCAGAUCGCCUCCGACAGCUGUCCGAGAACACCACCUACUUCCGUAGGAAACUCCGUGACAUGGGCUUCAUCAUUUACGGCAACGAUGACUCGCCAGUCGUACCCAUGAUGCUCUACAUGCCUGCCAAAAUUGGGGCAUUUGGUCGGGAGAUGUUGAAGAGAAAUAUCGGCACAGUGGUUGUUGGCUUCCCAGCAACACCUAUCAUCGAGUCGAGAGCUCGUUUCUGCGUCUCGGCUGCCCAUACCAGAGAGAUGCUUGACACAGCAUUGGAGGCCAUCAGCGAAGUGGGCGACCUGCUGCAGCUGAAGUACUCCAGACGCGAACUGCCUCUUCCCUCGCUGGGGUGGAUGUCCGAGGAGAGCCUGCUUCAGGACUGAGCCACAUCAUCCCCCUUCCUGUCAUAUCUAUCCCCAAAACUCACUGUUUUCCUCCUCCCAAGUUCCAUCCACAUCCUUUUUUUUUUUUUCCUGAUAACCCUUAUUUUCCCCCUCAUUUUCCUUUUGAGCCAGACCCUCCACCCCCUCUUCUCCAUAUCUAAUCUCAUAUCAAACACCAGUGGACUCAACAGAACCAAAGUCUUAAGAGGUCUGACCUGUUUUUGAGAUUCACCCACAGCAGGGGAGGACGAAAAUCCCCCAUCAUCAUCAUCAUCUUUCCUCGUCUGUUGUCACAGAAGCGUGUUGAGAGAAUUUCCGUUCGUCCUAACUUAUUGUGACUGCAUCGGUCUAACGUCGAGUCUUAUUCUUGUGUGCACAUUGAAUUGAAUGUGUAUCUUAUUUGUGCAAUAAUAACAACAAUAUGGAGUUUCUUUGUAAUUCAAACAACCUAGAGCAAAGUGGACUGAUUUUUUUUUUUUUUUUUUUUUUUUCCCCCAAGAGUUACUACUUGUGCACUUGGGAAGAAAAAAAAACCUAUAAAAAAGUCAGAAAUCUGAUCAGAGCAGUUGCUAUGAUGUACACAAGAGGAAAAAAAAAUGAUAUAUGUAAAUAUUAUUUAUCACGAACUUGGUAGUGCUGCCUUAGGGUAGCAUCCCAAACCUCAAAGAGAGAUACAAUAUUUCACAGGAGUAACAUAAGCAUGUGUUGUCCAUAUGUAUUUAUCUGACGGCUUUUUUCCUAAUCACUUUUACUUGAAUAUGGAGCGUAUAGAAUAUUGGGUUCUUUCCCUAACCAAAGGAUAUACUGUAUAUGUAUAGAUAUAUUUUCUACCUUUCUCUUAAAAUGCAAAGCAGAUGUUCCAAAAAAAAAAAAAAAAAAAAUUAACAGGGAAAGAAUCCCAGGGAGCAAGACUAAGGAAUAUUUUUUACAACUUAUUUUCUAUAAAUAUUUUUCAGCCUUAUUUACUGUUUACACCUGCACUCAAAAACUUGAGCCCAGUGUCUUUAACAUUUCUAUAAGCUAAUGAGCUACAUGUGUGAUUUUUUUUUUUUUUUUUUUUUUCUCUCUCCAUCAUUCUCACUCAAGUGCUUUCUUGUGCAUCAGUGUUGACACGAUCUCUGAGCACGGCGACACACUGUAAAUUAGAUCUGUAUGUAUGACGAUGCUGCUCCCACGCUUAUCUGAUGUACAGACAGCUUUAUUUAUUUAAAAAAAAAAAAUGUCUCUCAACUUUUCAGCUAUCUAUUUUUGUGAGAAAUGUAACCGUUAUCUGAAAGGCAGCUCCAGAUGUGUCCCAAUGGAAGGUGCGUGUGUGUGUGUGUGUGUGUGUGCGCGUGCGUGCGUGUGUGUGUUUUAAUUGACUACUUGCGUCUUACUUCAGUGCAGCACUACUGACAGGCAUUGUGAAUGCACAGAUGACGUAGUCACUGAAAUUUGCGAGAUCUGUGUUUGCAUAUGCUUCAAGUGUCAAGUGUUUUCUGUCCCGUACUGUAUCAUCUUCUGGGAUGGCAUUCCAAAUCAACUCGCUUUCACUGUCAAGUCUUCGUUUUGUUUGACUGUUUUUUUUUUUUUUUUUGUCUGUCUGUCUGUCUGUCUGUCUGUCUGUCUGUCUGUCUGUCUGUCUGUCUGUCUUUUCCGUGUGAAGUCACCCCAAAACAUAGCAUACAUGCCGCCGUUAAACAUCCCGCUCAUGUCUGCUUGUGUGUUUUUAUGUUCUAUCACUUUAUUGAUGUGAAUCGGAGGCUGCACCAGUAUAGCCAGUGAGAAAACUGGCCAUCAUCUGGCAAUGUGACCAUUCCUAUAAAUGUUCAUCAAAGUGAUUAAACUCAACACAGGUUUAGAGAUGCUUUUGUUGAUGUUUUUUUGCACAGCACAACUUUUUGGGGUCUUUUUUUUUUUUUUUUUUAAACUGUACAUCCAUUAGAAAUUAAUCAUUGUUGUCUUUGAGUGAGUCAUUCCAAUAUUGUUGUUUUUCACAGAAAAUGUCUUGAAUAACAACUCAGUGAUGCAUUUGCUUCAAUAAAUAUUCUAUACAAAGGUGAAACAUGACUAUAAUCUGGAAUUGCACUCUUCGGAAAUGUGCUACGAUAUAAAGAAUUUUCUCUCCGUCAGAGUUUCCUCUCAAGCUGUCUGCACAACCGUGCAGUAUGUGAAGUCUCUACAUUUCUGUCUAUGGAGGCAAAAAAUGUAAUUGCAAACAGCAACACGACUGUUUCUCUCAGCCAGGUUUCCCCCACUGACACCGUGGAAUUAAAAUACAGAUAUACUGUAGUCGCUUGGAGCUCUUUGAUGUAAUGUGACAGUUUCCAGUCUACCCACAGCAAAUACCUGUGACCUGACCUGCAGUGACCAUUUGAAACUUCCUUAUCAGCUGCUUUUGCCCUUGGAAUUGUGUUUGGGUUGAAGAUAAACCACUUAGAGGAGUUUGAAAAGCCAUGAUGUUUGUUGACAUUGCUGUUGGUAACAGUGCUGCAAAGAUUAAAUCCCUUUAUUUGUAUCAA